GCCGACAUGCUUCAUGUGCCUUUUGCCAUAUUCUCUUUACAUCAAUUUCCAUCGCGCCGCGUUUUUAUUUUACCGAUCAAAACAUAAAAAACUGUAAAUUUAAAUUGUUAUUUUAUGGCUAGUUCAUCGAAGAAAAAUAAAAAAAAUGAAGAAUUCCCCACGGACUGGGAUAUUGACUACUACCGCGCGGAUCAUGAAAGUGAGGAGCACUGGCAAAUGAGACGCCACUUCAUGGAGCUGCAUAAGGACAAAUUCCCAGAAGAUCGACUUGUCUGCCUUGCGGCAGUGUUUACGAAUAUGGAGUUCAUGGGUUGCCGAUAUCCAGCAGAGACCAUGCGACUAGUCGCCGAGCUGUCGAAAGAAGUUGUAAAAGACUACAGGAAAAGUAGAGAAACGCGACUUAAACGUACUUUUGUAGCAGCUUCAGAAGCAGCUGAGGCACGCGUCAAAGCUAGGUUGGGUGGACAGCAACAAAAUCUUAAUCGAAAUAAUGCGGAUAAGAAACAGUCUGGAAUGCAUAAGAGUAGUAAUCUCUACGAAGGUCUACCAUUUGGAAAAUAUGUAUUGUUUCUAAUCGGUGGACGGAGUUGCUUGCGAACAUCUGCAAUGCGUUGUAACGUGGAAUAUGAAGAAAAAGAAGUUGAAGACCCAAAAAACAGAAAGAAAAUACAAGUAUUCUUAAAUGGCAAGCUAGUAUGCGAAGCUUGCGAGGACAACAUAAAAGCAGCAAAGGCACAAGCUUUUAACAACGCCUUAGAAGUACUGCAAAAUAAAUGCUAUUCAAUAAAGCCGAAUCCACUACGUGAUACCAUUAAAAUAAACAAAACCAAUAAUGAGAUCGUUUGUGGUGUAGUCAAACAGGAGGCUGACAAUGCGGAUGAUAAAAAAUUGGAUGCGUCUAAUAAAGGCUAUAAAAUGAUGAAGCUAAUGGGUUGGACUGGUGGUGGUUUAGGCUCAAAAACACAAGGCCGUGAAGAACCCGUAGGAUACCUGUUAAAAAAUAAUCGCGCGGGACUCGGAAACGAGUCCUGUAAACUAGAUCGUAAUUAUUUCAGACAAAUAUUGAAAAAUUAUCUGGAGUCCGAAGACAUACGCGAGCUGCAAUUUGAACCCACUUUUACUAAGGAAGAACGUGCAAUGCUACACGAAAUCGCUGGAAAAUUCAAUUUAAAGUCAACUAGCCAUGGCAAAGAUGAAGAACGUCGUCUGGUUAUAUCGAAAAAGACAAUUACCAAUGAGCUUAUACUAAAUGAGAUUUUACUAAAAAAGAACCCCAGCUAUAUUGAUAAGUAUUUUGUGCAAGUGCCGGAGUCAAAAGCUCGAUUCUACCCAGAACACGUUGAAAAAAUAGAUUUGGAUAUGUAGUAGUUUGUUGCGCUGUAACCUCCCAACUAAGAAUAAAUUUAUACAUAAAAUAGUUUUUUUAUAAUAAAACAUACCGAAUUAUUGAAA